AUGGUGACAGGUAGAUGUAAACCUACUGAUAGAAUCAGUAACCUUCCAAGCCAUUUAAUAGAGACUAUAUUAAUGUUGUUACCGUUGCGCGGUGCUGCGAGGACAAGUAUUUUGUCAAAGAAAUGGAGGUAUAACUGGACCAAUAUUCCACAACUUGUCUUUGAUGAUACAUUGAUCCAAGAUUCAAAGGAAAAUGAACUGUCACUUCAACGCAGACUUUUCAUGGCUAUAUAUCAAGUUCUACUGCUUCAUGAUGGACCAAUACUGAAGUUCAGCCUCUGUACUUCUCAAUUAGCAAGCUCUUAUGAGAUCGACCAGUUCAUACUUUUCCUGUCAAGGAAGAGCGUCAUGGGAUUUUCUUUCGGUAUUUCUAAGGACCAGCAAUAUACAUUGCCUUCUUCAUUCUUCUCAUGUUCACAACUGAGACAUUUGAAACUCAGUAAUUGUGAAUUCGUUCCUCCUCUUACAUUUAAUGGAUUUAGUAGUCUCGUCCAAGAAUUUGCCCAAGUCAGCAUUGGUAGAUAUGUUGGAAAUUUGGUUUCUAGUUGCCCGCUACUUGAAAAAGUAACACUGGCAGGCUCCACUCAUUUCGAGUGCAUUGAAAUUGACGCUCCUAACCUCAAGUACUUAAACUUGGGCUAUCGUUUUGUAGCGUUUUUGACCGUGGCUGGUGUACCUGAGAGGCUUCCAUUUACCUUAGACCACCUCCAAAAUCUUGAACUAUGGGAGCUGUGUUUUGGAGAAAUUGCCGAGCUCGCCUUUGCUCUAUGCUUGCUUAAAAGCUCCCCCAACUUGGAAUAUUUUCAAAUUCGGCUGCUUUCCAAUAAAAAUGAUGCUAUACCUCCCGUUCUAGAACUUUUGGAAAUGCAAGACCAUUCAGAUGUCGCUUUCAAUCAACUUCGGGAAGCGGCGAUGCGAUUUGUCUCUGGCACAAGGCCUGAAUUGGAGUUUAUUAAGCUUAUAUUAGCAAAAUCCCCAUUGCUAGAGACGAUGCUUAUUGUGUCCGACUCAGCACAGGUUGCUGACAAUGGAGUGGGAAUACUCAGCGAGUCGCAGUCGGCACUACAACCUACAGUUCAAGUUAAGGAGAAGCCAGCUCAGAAACGUCUCAAGAUUAUUAAGGGGUUUUCUCAGCUGAUGCCGGUUAUGUUUGAGGGUGGUACGGAUCCAAUGAUAGCAGAUGACUACAUGGAGCAAGUUGAAACUCAAUUGAUUUCAAUGGAUGUGACGAAGGAUCAUUUGAAGAUCAUCCUAGCUACUUAUAAGUUUGCUAAGGAUGCCUAA